AUGAAAUCCUCCGCGACCGAUCUGCCCGACGGCCAUGGAAGCGUCUAUAAGGAAGUGCGUUUCUCGCCGACUGCGACACCCCUGCGCCGUACCAAAUCCGUCUCGGGAAGUACCCCCUCCGCGGCGUCAACAAAUUAUCAACGGGCCAAAAUGUCAUGCGUCCCAGAAAAUGCACCUCUUGGAUUAGAUACUUCCUACAUCGACCAAUCGCGAGCUUUGAUGGACAGCCAGCGGGCCAAUUUCGAGAGAGAGAGGAAGCUCUUUGCCCAGGAGCGCCAAUUGUGGGAGCAGGAACGAACACUGUUAAGGACAAAAAUUGCGGAACUGGGAUCGAUGCUCAAAGGCCAAAAGAGUCAGUCGAGUUCUUCAUUGUCGCAUACUGCGAAGCCUGCAUUCGGAAUGCCUCAAUACCGAGCAGCCAACGAGCCCUCCGUGCAUUCAGCGCAGAUUUGGGAGGGUUCAAGCCCUGGCGGCCGACCGACAAGGGUCUUCCGUGAUGAAGAUGUCCCAGACAACGCUCACCUGUCGCCCACUGGCCAAGGGAGUGACAGCAUCCCUCCCUCCCUUGAUGCAGCACUUUCACCCCAGUCACGAGCGAUAGAUGCGGCCGGCGCGGCCGUCAGUGUGCCAGUGCCGAUCGAGAAGCUUGACAGUAGUCUCGACGGAAUUACACUCAAAUCCUCUGCAUUGCCACCUGGGGUAGUCGCUCGAGUGAUCACCCCGCCCUCCCCGUCGUCCCUGGAGACGUCUUCCCCUGCAACGGCCCCUUCGGCACCUGCAAGGCCCGACAUGGAACACCGAAACAGUCUCAAGUUGAAGCUGUCAGAACUCGGCCCACCCAGUGAGAACCUCGUGAAGAAUGCAGGUCACACCCCAAUGGCGAUCAUCGAAGCCGACGUGAGCCAACGAUCUACCAAGGAGGCUUCUCCCAUCGAGAAGCAGGAGCAGGCGCCGGAGCCCCCGUGCGAUGAGGAAGCCCCUCUGGCCCCCAUGGCAACACAUGUCCACCAACCAACCGAAAACAGGGCCUCCUAUUUCCCCGAUCUGCCGGAAGAUCCGGCCCUGAAGGGGGCCCUUGGUCUCAUCAAUGACGAGGACCACGACAAUAGUUUCCUGAGUGAACUGGAUCAAAAGCUCCUUGACCAAGCCAAGCGGAUUCUAUCUACCUCAGCCGACUCUGGCGAGGUGGAGGAAAGCGAUCCCGAGCUGUCGAUGAACCAGGGAGAACAAGAACCGGAAAUCAAGUUUCGGAAGUCGACCAAUUUUGGUACGGCCUUCGGACUAUCGAGCUGUGGUAAAUUCUGA